AUGACUGCUUAUGCACUUCCUCAUCACUACCCGAGAGGUAGUCCAACCAGCAUUAUUCCGACCACCACUUCCGUCGCCGCCAGCUCUAGCGCCAGUGCCAGUGCCAGUGCCAGUGCCAGUGCCAGUGCCAGUGCCAGUGGAAGUGGAAGUGGAAGUGGAAGUGGCAGCGUCCAGAUCGUGAAUAAUCUCGGCAGCACCGUAUACCUCUGGUCCACCUCCGACAGCGCUAGUGAAGCGCAGACAAUUUCCUCCGGGGGCACAUAUUCCGAGGCCUGGAAGACCGAGUCUACCGGCGGUAUUUCCAUCAAGAUGGCAACCACCGACAGUGAGACCAGUGUCUUGCAAUUCGAGUACACCGCGGAUGGUGACACCCUGUACUGGGAUCUCUCCUCUAUCAACCUGGACUCCAGCUCGGAGUUCAUCACUGCUGGCUUCUCCGCCACCCCGAAUGAUUCGAGUUGUUCGUCUGCAUCCUGCUCAGCGGGAGACACCGACUGUGCCGAUUCGUAUCAGCAGCCCGAUGAUACCGACACCAACAGUUGCUCUGCUAGUGCUGGCAUCACGGUCACCUUGGGUUAA